ACAGCUGCCUCUAACUGUGGCUGCGGCUGGGACUCUGACACCGGGCACACAGAGCGCUCCUGGUGAUGUCAGACGGGUAUGUGUGGUUUGAAGGCAUACCGUUCCCGCUGGUGGACUACACACCUGAACACCUGAGAGCAAUGCAGAAUUUUGUGUUUAAGGAUGAAGAUGUCUUAACAGUGUCUUUCCCCAAAUCAGGAACCAACUGGUUGAUUGAAAUCCUCUGCCUGAUCUACUCCAAGGGGGAUCCCACGUGGGUCCAAUCUGUGCCCAUCUGGGAGCGCUCUCCCUGGGUGGAGAACACGCGUGGGUACCAAAUCCUAAAGGAUAAGGAAGGCCCACGCCUCAUCACCUCCCACGUCCCCAUCCACCUCUUCCCCAAGUCUAUCUUCAAGUCCAAGACCAAGGUGAUCUACCUGAUCCGAAAUCCCAGGGAUAUUCUCGUGUCUGGUUAUUUUUUCUGGAUUAUUUCAAGGUUCGUGAAGAGGCCAGAGUCGCUGGAACAAUAUUUCGAAUGGUUCAUCCAAGGACACGUGGCAUUUGGGUCAUGGUUUGACCACACCCGUGGCUGGAUGUCCAUGAGAGGACAGGAGAACGUUUUGAUAGUGAGUUACGAAGAGCUGAAACAGGACACAAGAAGUGCUGUUCUGAAGAUCUGCCACUUCCUGGGCAAGACAUUAGAGCCAGAAGAGCUGAGCUCACUCCUCACACACAGCUCCUUCCAGGUCAUGAAGGAAAACAAGAUGUCCAACUACACGCUCCUGCGCGGCUGGCUCAUCGAGGAUAAGAAUGGGUCACUUAUGAGAAAAGGCAUUUCUGGAGACUGGAAAAAUCACUUCACAGUGGCCCAAGCUGAAGCCUUUGACAGAAUAUUCCGGGAGAAGAUGGCAGACCUCCCUCCAGAGCUGUUCCCAUGGGAAUAAUGCUCAGAGAUGUCUAGAGCUCACAGAGAUAAAUAUUUGUUCUCCUGCCUGUGUACAUGAGAAGGACUGGUGACAAGUGCCUAAAACCUGUUACUUCAUCCUGGAGCUUUGAAUUAUCACAUUUCUGAACUUUGAUGACGUCACUAUUAAAAAUUACUAGGGUGGCUCAGUGGUCCAGCGUCAACCUAUAACCCAGGAGGUCACCACUGGUUCCUGGCCAGGGCACAUGCCUAGGGUUUGGGCUCGAUUCCCAGUAGGGGGUGUGCAGGAAGCAGCUGAUCAAUGAUACUCAUCAUUGAUGUUUGUCUUGCUCCCUCUCUCUUUCUGCUCU